UUUGAACGGUCAACUGUGACCACAGGCAGGCCAUCGCCUGUUGGGCUGGGUCCUCUACAUCUACAAUACCUCCACCCUCCUUACUUUUUAAUGCCCAAGAGCAAGAUUCAAUGCCCAUUAUGCGGCAAAAUUUUGAAGAACCGCGAAGAUGCCCAAACUGUUCACGAUCGAACCUGCUCUCGAUUCAAGCGGCUCCACCAGGAGUCCGUUCAGUACAUCCAACAACACUUGGCAAACCAAUCUCAGCUGCCUGCGGAAACCCCAAUGGAGAUCGACCAUCCUCCGCCACCAGCGCUACCACCACCACCCUCCCCUCCAGCCACUCGACCGAGUGGGCUUCCCAACCGGCGCACUCGAGUACCUUCUAAAUUCAACGACGCAGCACCACCACGACCUCCACGGCUUCGACGACGCGACGUUCAGAAUCAAAUAUCCCAGCCUCCCCUCGCAUCUCCGCCAAGUGCGCCAUCUCCCGCGCCAUUUGACGCUGCCCCUUCGCCUCCACCACCUCCAAAAGAUUGGGUACAAACUCUCCCCAACGCGUUUGGUCUCUACAAGAUUUAUCCUCGUCGCCCAACUCACGAUCCUGACGAGUCUGUGGGCCUCUCUGACCUGUAUCGGGUGCCCAAACCUGGUGAUCCGGCUCUCAAAACCCUUCCGCUUCCACCGGAGCCAUGGUACUACCCCUUUCCCAACGAGUCGGUCGCGCAUAUGAUCAAAUACCAUGUCGAAGAAGAGCAUCCGCAGUCUAUUGCUGGAUUCGAUCGGUUAGUUACGAACUUCCUGCAUCCAAACGAGGAGGCACAGUCAGACGGAAUAUCUUUGCAUGAAUUGCCAACGCCAUUUUCUACCCAAAAGUUCUUAGACCAGCUCGACAAGAACGGUAUCACACCACUUGGUAUCACAGAUAAGUGGAAGAAUGCUUCUGUUACAAUCAGACUCCCUUGUGUGGGUGUCAAUCAAUCCGAAACUGCGGCGCCUUGUUUUACUGUCAACGACAUCCUCCACCGUCCUCUGCUUGACCCCAUCAAAGAGGUUUUGCAAGGGCCUCUUUUCCAACGGUUCCACACCACUCCAUUCUCUCUGCGAGCUAUUCCUGAAUCCGACUUGCUGUCACCCGUUGUGGCCGAUGACGCGCCAACCCUGAACGAGUAUGGGCUACCUCCUCUCCUCCCUGACCACGAAGAAAUCUUCAGUGAGAUUUAUACUUCCCCCGCAAUGCUCGAAGCCUAUCACGCCAUUCCCCAACCCCCGGCUCCUCAAACUCCCGAUGAUGCUGUGGAGAGUAUCGUCGUUGCACUAAUGAUGUGGUCUGAUGCCACCCAUCUGGCGCAAUUCGGUACUGCGUCCCUGUGGCCAGGCUAUACUUUCUUUGGAAAUCACCCCAAAGAAUUUCGUGGCAAACCGACAUCCAAUGCUGGGUUCCAUCAAGUUUAUUUUGCAUCGCUUCCAGAUUCUGUCCGUGACUCAUAUCGUCAGCAAUAUGGUUGUGAUAUGCCCGACGAGGUAUAUACUCACCUGAAGCGCGAACUUAUCCACGCGAUUUGGGAGCUAUUACUGUCCGACGAAUUUAUGGACGCUUACGAUAACGGCAUUAAAAUCAAGUGUUGGGAUGGGCUUGUUCGCUUGGUAUUUCCGCGUUUCCUCAUAUAUGGCGCAGACUAUCCAGAAAAAGUUCUCCUUGCAACGAUUCGAAGCUUCGGCGGUUGCCCUUGUCCCCGGUGUUUUAUACAGAAGGGGCAGAUCAUGGAGACGGGCACCGUCAAUGACAUGAAGCGUCGGAGUAACAUUCGAGUGGAUGAUCAUCCACGACGGUCAACCAUCGAGUCCGCCCGGGCGGCCAUCUUUGGCAACGGAAAUGCAGUUGCUGGUUCCGCCAUCGACAAAAUGCUCAAGGCACAAUCUUGGGCGCCUACCCGAGCGAGUAUUUACCACACGCAUAUCAUUCGCUUUGCUCAUUUGCCUAGAAUGCUUUCUCAAAACUGGAUACGAUCAAGACGCCGUUCAAUUUGUUCACAAUGUUCGUACCCGACCUCUUGCAUGAAGUCGAAUUGGGGGUCGCCAAAGCCAUUGUCAUCCAUAUUAUUCGAAUGUUACACGCCUUCAAGAACAUCGAUGAAUUUGACCAACGAUGCUAGAUUCCGGCAGGUUCCCACCUUCGGGCGUAGUACCAUCCGUUCUUUCUGCAAGAACGUGUCCGAGUUGAAGUACGCUGCCGCCAGAAACUACGAAGACAUCAUACAGUGUAUUCUCCCGGUUCUCGAAGGAUUAUUUCCUAAACAUCAAGCACUGAUCGACAAACUUGCUUUCGAAUUAGCAAUCUGGCACGGAUAUGCCAAGCUCCGGAUGCAUACUACGUCUACUAUCCAACUCUUUCGCCUGGCGACCAAAGAUCUUUGCACUACCAUUCGUCGUUUUGCUCGUGAAACUGUGAAUGUCAAAACCUACGAGCUUCCCAGAGAAACAAGGCGACGAAUGAACCGACCAUCCAAGGCCUCUCCACCAAACUUAUCCGUUCCAGCCCCGGACAAUCUACCGAUACCUUCUGCCUCAUCGCAGUCUGCUACCCAGGCUGUGGCAACACCUCCGACCUCGAAGAAGAAGAAGACGCCCGCUCAGAAGCUGGAAAAGCCAUUCAACUUAAUCACAUACAAGCUUCACUCAAUCCCCGAUUACCCCGAUGCUAUUGUGCGGUUUGGAACGACUGAUUCUACUUCCACCCAAAAUGGAGAAGUUGCACACCGUCUCGUGAAGUAUCUCUACCAACGAACCAACAAACGAGAACAUGUAAGGCAGAUUGCGAAGCAUGAACAACGUCGACGAUUAAUGAGGGCCAUGUGGGAACGAAGGAGGCGGUACAAGGAAGCAGAGAAAGGACAUGUCAAUCCAUCCUCGGCCUCGAAUAUUUCCACUUACGCCAACUCCACGAUUUCGCACAAGCCAAUCAAAAACCGACGUGAACGCUUGCGCACUGUGCUCUGUCCCAAAGCUACGUAUAGUCAUUAUACAUACGUGCCUCCCGAACAACAUCAUUACAUCUCGGAUUCCACCCGAACAUCGAUUCGUCUCUCAGACCUUGUCGACACGGACUUGCACUCAGACACUGACACGGAUGGUGGAGAUGGUCCAAUGGCUAUUGACCGACCCGAUCCUGUAAUCCCUGACCCUGCACUACAUAAUUUCACACGCAAGUUAAAGUCUCACCUACGACAAAGGCUCCUAGGUUCGGAGUACGAUGGUGACGACACAUGUUUCACUGAUGAAGAGCUCAUAAAUGUGGUACUCGAGAAGGACACCCUCUAUAGUCACGCCACUCUGCGAGUAAACUUCACCACUUACGAUCUCCGAAGAGACCAAGACGUCAUCAACCCCCGGUCCCGGAAAUUCUGUAUCGUUGCGGGUCAAGACCCACAGAACCGCCAUGAACUCUGGUAUGGCGAAGUCCUUGGGAUUUUCCAUACCCGUGUGCUUCUGGCCGACCAGCCGAACAAAGCUCGACGUAUGGAGUUCCUUUGGAUGCGGUGGCUGCAGCGCGAUGUGACCUACCGAUGUGGUCUGAAGGCUAAGCGCCUGCCUCGCGUACAUUAUAUGCCUCAUGACGUCCCGGAUACAUUUGGCUUCUUGGACCCCAGCGAUAUUAUUCGCGGCUGCCAUCUUAUCCCAGCAUUCGCUCACGGCCGCACUACACAAUAUCUUCCUAAAUCUAUGGCUCGACAGGCAUCUGAACAAGACCAAGACUGGAAAUAUUUUUACGUCAAUAUGGUCGUCGAUCGAGAUAUGAUGAUGCGGUAUCACGACCGCGUCAUUGGUCACCGCAAAACUCGAGCUCCAAUAAGCAAUCCCACAACAGAACAGGAGCAGAUAACUGAAGAAGUUGUCGAUGAUGUGGUGGCUGAUAUGGUCGAUGAUGUGGUGGCUGAUAUGGCGGAGGAGGUCAAUGUGGCGGCUGUUGUGGCGGAAGAAGAUGAAGGAGAAGAAGGAGAGCCAGAUGACUGGGUUGCAGAGGGUGCCGAUUUUGAUACAGAUAGCGAGCAUGAAGAAGAUGAGGGUGGCGAAGACGAAGAUUCACUCAGCCAUGCUACCAUUGUAAGCAGAUUAGGUUAUGAUUCAGAAUAA